CCCGGUCGGGCUGUUUGUUUUGAGUCGGAACUCUUCCAGGUUCUGUUUCUUUAAGGCCCGGACCGUUCCGGCUGUGAUUCGGCUGCCGGUUGCCACGCCGCGGCGCCUGCUCAGUGCUCGGAACCGGGUCCCGGAGCCCCGCUCUCUGCGUGCGGUUGGACCGUCUGUCGGUGACCUUAUGUGGGGGAGGCUUUUGUUUUCAACCCGCUGCAGGCUGCACUUUCCCCGGAGGAUGCCAGGACGAGCUGCGGCGUCUCCUUCACGGACAGCGCAGAAAUCCACAGAAACACGAUACUGACAUGAAGAAAGACAUCGAGACUCUAAUAGCAGAGGAACGGGCUGACAUCAUCUUAAAAUAUGCUACGGGCAGGCAGGGCGGCGUGGAGAUCGAUCCCUGGGAAGAUGCUGAUUACAGCAUCUAUAAAGCCAUCGACCGCUUCGGCUUCAUGCAUGAGAAUGAGCUGGCGGCCCCAACAGUUCAGGAGGAGAAGCGGAAGCAGCUGGAGAUCGAGAGAGCAGAAAAAUGGCUGAAGAUGGUGAAUAAAUGGGACAAAUACAAGAACAGCGACAAGAUGGUGAAGCGGGUCUAUAAGGGCAUUCCCCUGCAGCUCCGGGGCCGGGCCUGGACGCUGCUGCUGGACGUGGAGCGGACCAAGAGGGAGAACCAGGGAAAAUACGAGAAAAUGAAGGAGCAAUCCCAACUCUGUUCCUCUGAGAUCAAGCAGAUCGACCUGGACAUCAACAGAACCUUUCGGAACCACAUCAUGUUCAUGGACCGCUUCGGGGUCAAGCAGCAGUCGCUCUUCCACGUCCUCUCUGCAUAUUCAGUUUAUAACACUGAGGUGAGCUACUGCCAGGGCAUGAGUCAGAUCGCCGCCCUGCUGCUGAUGUACAUGAACGAGGAAGACGCCUUCUGGGCGCUGUCGCAGCUGCUGACCAACGAUCGGCACGCCAUGCACGGCUUCUUUGUUCCUGGAUUCCCCAAACUUCACCGGUUCCAGGCUCAUCAUGACCAGAUCCUUUCCAAACUCCUCCCCAAGCUGAAGAAACACAUGGACCGGGAGCAAAUGUCUGCAGGGAUCUACUGCACCAAAUGGUUCUUGCAGUGCUUCAUCGACCGGACGCCGUUCACCCUGACCCUUCGGCUGUGGGACAUUUUCAUCUUGGAGGGACAGCGGCUCCUCACCGCCAUGUCCUACACCAUCCUGAAGAUCCACAAGAAGCGGCUGCUGAAGAUGUCUCUGGAGGAGCUGCGAGAGUUUCUUCAGGAACGAAUCGCUCAGAGGUUCUUCCACAGCGACGACCUGAUCAUCGAGCAGCUGCAGGUCUCCAUGAUGGAGCUGAGGAAGAUGAAGCUGGACCUUCCUCCUCCAGGGAAACCAGAGGAGCUGCCUCAGAAGCCUCUGGGCCAGGAGCUGCCGGUCCUGCUCGGCCCGGUCCAGCCGUCCUCAGCCACUGGGUUCCACAGAGCCGGCCUGAGUCUCCACAUCAUGUCCCAUCAGCCGGACUCCAUUUCCCCAGACCAGAGCCCCUCCAAGGACCCCAGGGAUCUGGAUGUGGUGGAGGAGCAGGAGGCCCCGCUGCCCUCUCCAGACCCCAUCAUCAUCCACAGCCAGGUGCCUCUCACACCUGAUGGCUCCCCACUGAUGGGGCCGCCGCCUUACCGGCCCCCAGGGAGUCCGGGUCAUCCAUCGCUGCCAGGAGACCAGGACUGGGAACCAGCUGGCCGGUCAGCAUCUCCGGUUUUGGUUCUGGCUCAGUCUGAGUGCCUGACUGAAUCAGAAAGUACUGAGGACCGAGACACGUCCCAGCUUCUGGACCAAGACUCGACUCUGUCCUCCACCAGGAGUACCGACCGGAACCAGAGUGGAGAAGCAGAGGAGAACCCGCCACCGAACGGUUCAUGAGCAGCAGAUUAAUGGUUAGAAGUUGAGUUUGGCUUGAAUGUUUUAUUUGGUUCGGCAGGUUUCCGUGGCAACGGAAAAUGUUCUGUUUUAAGACUGAAGCGAGUUAGCAUGCCACUCCCAGGCCUUCUCCAGGUAACAGGUCAGAUGUACAUGAAGACUCCAACUUGUCUCAGUCAUCCCACAGAGUCAAACUGCAGUCGGGCGGGUUCGGUCAGGAAACACCGAACGUAACAGCAGGGUCCAUAUUUAUCAGCCGUCUCAGCUUCCUGGGUGGAGAAACACUCCUGUUAAAGUUUUUAUCCAGUUCUCUCUAACCAAAUCCUUACUCAACUACAUAGUAUGUAAUACAAGCUAAUGCUAAAGUACCACAACAACAAAUUAUUUAGUGGAAGCUAAUGCUAAGGUGCUAACAUUAAACAUGUUGGUACUCAUGUCAAUGAUGAGCUAAAACAUAUUAUAUCACCCUCAGGCUCAAAUCUGUCAAUAUAUGAUUUAUUGGCAAAUUUGUGCUUUAUAAUUUAUCUGAAAAAAUUAUUUAGGAAAAGCCAAGUCCCCUGAACAUUUUCAAAGAUGCCAAAUGCAUAAAACAUGGCUGUUAGCGGAAGUUUGUGAUAAAAGUUGAAGGAUUUUGUCCUUCAGCUGAGAGACGCUGGAUGAAUAUGAACCCAGAUCAGAUUCCAUCUGGUGAUCCGACUUCACAAUCUUCUUCCAGCUCCGGUUGGACUUCUAGCUGGAGUAAAGCUCUGAAACUUCCCCCUUUACUAAUUACACUUUUCUAGAUUUGUAAAGUUUUUGGUGACGUAGACCUGCUCAGUCUGCCUUUUUAAACUGCUUUAGUCACACUUUGGUUUUUAUUUUUUGUAUAUAACAAUGUCUGGAUGCCUUAUUUGGAUCGGCUUCAGUUCUUCUGUGGACAACUUGCAGGUGUUGGACCAAACAGAACCUCUGUCACAGUGAGCGGGCUCACUCUUCUGAUUGUACACAUGGAGCUAAAUAUAAGGAAGUGUUUUUGUAGCUCAGUUAUUUAUGGUUCGAACAGCAACUCUUUAUUUUCUCCUUUAAGAUUCAGUUUUAUUUGUUGCAUAAUGGAAACAUUGAUUUUGAGGUGAUAAAUUAUUUUGUGUUUGAAUUUGACUGUAGAUCCAGGAGGCAACGCUGGGUUAAAGCUGCUCCGCUCUGGGAUUAGAAACAAGGAAACACUGACAUCUAGUGGUUGCUUUAGGUUAGAGCGUCUCUAGUUGUGGAUUAGCUAAAACAAGUAGAAAUACUUUAGAAAAGUUUUUAACUUUAAACUAAAAUCAGGACUCAAAUUUUGAUGCUGUUAAUUUCUAAGAUAUGAAUAUCUUUAUAAUAUUUCAUUAAGUGAUAAAACGUUAAAUUGUGGGUCCAAGUCGCUUCAGUAAAACAGGUUCUUGGUCUUCAGUGUCUUAAAAAUAGAUCUUCAAUUGUAACUGUUAAAAAAUCCAAUUCUGCAACAAUACAUCUUGUAUAUCCUUUGUCCUC